GAUGGCGGCUUCAGCGUGCUGUGUCGACAAAAUUUUAAUUCGCUAAAAAUUCCUCUUUUACUUUCAACGAAAUCACGCAAGUGAUAGUAAACUUACAGUUAAAAUCAAUUUUAGUCAUGACAGAUUCUGUGGUUCUAGAUAAGAGCGAUUCGCCGACAACUCCUCGUGUUGGCGAGAAGGUAGAAUCGGAGGGACAAACAACGCUCUCCACCGUAGAAGAGGACGCGGUUCUAGAAGUUGGUCAGAUACCUAAUGAAAAGCCACGCACUAAUCAGGAGGAUAACAAGGUGAAGCCUGAUCACAAUGCAAAGCCUGAACAUAAUAAGGAUGGAAAAGCAAAUGAUAAGCCUGGAGCUGUUGCUGGUAGUGAAGAUGUGGAAGAAGAUGGUUCAGAUGAGGAAAGUGAGGAGGAAAGCGAAGGGGAAACAGACAGUGAUGAAUACACAACAGGGACGGAGUCUUCAGGGUCUCACUCUGAGCACAGCGCCAGUGACAAAGAGCAAAGUGAAGAGGAGGCAGGAGUAGAUGACGAAGAAUACAAAAGAGUUGGCGAAGACAAAGACAUUGAAGUAAAAGAAGAGGAAGACAAAAUGGGAAAUGAGCAGGAAGAAAGUAAAAAUAAAGUGAAUGCAAGAGAAAGAGGGGAUGGACAGGAGGCAGAAGAAGAAAAGAACAACCCAGCUUUUAUUCCACGUAGAGAUGCCUUUUGGGGGCAUGACGACAGAUGGACUGACACACCUGAUGAUGAAAGAAGGAAACCAACAACAAGGCAGUUGUGGGACAAAACAACUGACCGUUGGGAACAUGACAUGUACAGGGAAGAUGAACAGGGACCCAAAACCAGAGAAGAAAUAGAGGAAACAAAACGCUGGCUGGAUGGAAGCGGUGGACGUCCUGGGCGGAGGAGGUAUGAUCUUCAGGAAUUUGUCAGAGGUGGGGGCAGACGGGGGGGCAGAGGGGGCAGAGGGGGCAGAGGUGGAAGAGGAGGAUUGGGGAGAAUGAGAAUGGAUGAAGAAGAAUUCCAGGAAAAUGAAAGAAAUAAAGAAAACCGAGUUCCUGAGCAACGAAGAAGGAGAAGGCAGACUUCGGAAAAUUCUGAAGAGGACGGGGAGAGUCGAAGAGGGGGAUUUGGACGGCGCGGGAGAAAUACGGGACGGCGGAAUAAAUAUGAGGAUUAUGAUGGAAAUGAUGCUGAAGACAGGGAAGACAGAGAUAGAAGGUCAGAUAGACGGAGAAACUGGGGCGAGGAUCGUGAAGAGAUUGAAGAGAGACCUCAAAGGAGAAAUGAGAGAAAUCGUAGGCAAAGGAGGGAUGAUGAUAAUGAUCAGGAAUACGAUGAUACACGAAGACGUGAUCGUGAUAACAGAGGUGAGCGAUAUGACGACAGGAGGAGACGGGAUUUUGAUCGAAGGCCUGAUCGUGAGCAGGAGGCAAGGGUGAAAAACAGAGAUCAGAGACCACCUAGAAGAAGAGAUGACGAAGAAAGACGAGACAAUCGAGAUGAACAGGGAGGAAGCCGGAAGGGAUUUGGUGACAGGAACAGAGGAGGUUCAAGGGUGGACAGGAGGCAGAACGAGCAUGAUGGAGAGGGACAGAAACGACAAAGCGGAGGUUUUGGGAGUGCACAAAAAGACAGAAGCAAGAACGAUUCAAGGGAAGGAAGAUCUAAAAAAGCUCCAAGAGAUGACAUUCAAAAUAAUGAGGAAGAGAAACAUUCAAGAGAGGAACAAGCCAAGCCGUCCUCUGCAACUCACAGCUACAGUAAACUCCGAGGCAGAGGACGAGGGAGAGGCCAGACGCAGGAGCUGAAGAAACCAAGAAAGAAUGCUGCAGAUUUCACCCGUGAAAGAGAGGAAGCCAAAAUGAAGGAAGAACAGGAGAGAAGAAAAAAGGCUGCAGAAGAUGAACACUUUGAAGAUGCUGAAGAAAAUGAUGGAGAUGUGAUAAUUGAAGAAGAUUAUGAAGAAGAUGUUGAAGAUGGGGUUUUAGAUCAUGAGCAGCCGGAAGAGUUGGAAGAUGAAGGCGAGGAAGAUGAAGAGGUUGUUGAAGAGAAUGGUACAGCUUAUGUUGAAACGGAGCAAGCAGAUGAAAAGCAAACUGCCUCUAGAAAACAGGAUGGGAAGCGAUCAAAGCAAUCUUCACCAAAGAAAGGAGCUGGUGUGUCUGGAUCACCAAGUGCUGCAGCAUCCCAAGGUGCUCCUGCUGCCAAACCCAAACGAUACUCAUCACAGAGGCAGCGAGCAAGUCAGCAAGUCCCCCUGCAGGUUCACCAGGCCAUGGCUCCACAGAUGGGUACAAUGUACCCUGACCAAGCUGCUUACUAUGAGCAAAUGCCCUUUCAGGGUGUUUAUGUACCUGCGGGAACUCCACCAACACAAACUGUUCCCAUGCCAGGUAUUCCACAGCAACCGGAUGUCAUUCUGCGGCAAGAAAUGGCAGUAGCCCCAGCAGAACAGCCUGAAAUGCCUGCUGGGAUACCAAUGGCUGGGCCAGGUCCUCAACCAAUGGGGGCUCUCCAGCAUGAGAGCAUGAUACAACAGCUUGCUGCCCUUCAACAAGGGGCUUUGCCUGUUCAGCAAGGAAUGGGCUCAGAGGGAGUAUCACCCCAAAGAGUUCCUCAGCCCGGAAUGAGCCCCCAACAACAACAGGCUUUGGCUACUCAUUUACAGUUACAGGCUUCGCAAGGUGAAGGUUGUGUUUAUUCUACGUGUAUCAAAAACGAACAAAUGAAUAAAGAAUUAAGCCCUUCCCCGAACAACGAACAGAGAGACGUGUAUGCUCUUGUCACGAGCUUGAAACAGAUAAAAAGAAUAAAUUUGAGUGCCCUUGAGGAAUCGAACCUCAGAGCUUAG